AUGGAGCUCCGAGGCGAUAUCGCCAAGUGGGAACAGUCUGUACGAGAAUUUCUCUCUUCACGUCAAACUGCUGGGGGCAACGUUGGCACCGGCAUUGAUGGCGAUGACGGAGAAUUGAGGAAGGCUCAACCGACAUCGAGGAGCAAGCAUGCUUCGCGCUCCAUCCGAGGUCCCCGAAAGGCUGCUGAGCCCAGAGGCGACAUCAAGCUUCGUCUUGCGGGAGUGAAUCAGGCGUUUAUCAGUGGAAACUAUGCCCUGGCUCGGGAUCUUGUAUUCGAGAUCAUCAGAAUCAACGCCGAAACUCAUCAGGCAUGGACGGUUCUAGCAUCCAUCUUCCGAGAAGAAGGCGCCAACGACCAGGCGCUGAUGGCCAUGGUUAUUGCUGCUCAUCUAAGGCCCAAAGACUUCCCAGUAUGGAUGGACUGUGCUUCCUUUGCCAUGAGUCUUGCCGAAGAGGGCCAAGACGGCGCUCUCAAGACUGCUCUCAUGUGCUAUUCGUCUGCAAUCAAGGCUCAACCAACAGACCUCGAAGCGAGACUAGGUAGAGCCGAAGCAAGCCACCGCCAGGGCUUCUUCUCCCAGGCUAUAACUGAGUUCACCUACGUCCUUGAGCGCCGACCGCUGGACAUAGAUGUCGUUCGGCGAUUGGCCGAAGCUUGCAGCGACUCUGAGAGCAUAGAAGAUAUCCAGAAGGCUGUCUCAGCCUACAAGACGUACUUCGCACACGCACGAGGUACUGAGCAGGAAGGAGGGGGAGAGCUAUCAUGGCACGAUAUCGGAAUUUACGUGGAGCUCUUCGCCUGCGCCGGAGACUUCGCAACCGCCAUUGCAGAUCUGAAGUCGCUUUCACGCUGGCUACUCGGACGACCGAACGAUCAAACGUGGGAUGCUUGUUUCGACGAUAGGGAGUGGGAUCGUGACCAUUCUCGCCGUGUUCAACUCCCCUCUUUCGACCCUUCUGCCUACAACAUGUAUGCCUAUGGUCUGGGGCUGCCUCUGGAAUUCAGGGCCCGUCUUGCUCUCUAUCGGCUGAAGAUCCGCGACGAGGAGGAAUCGAAUCUACAUCUACAGUGGUUAGAUCCGAAUGAAUCUGCAACGGCUACAGCGAUUGAGGACUUUCCCUACCUCGUUCGAGACAUUGCAGAUGAACUCUGCGCUGUCCAACGCUACCAGGAGGCGCUGGAUUACUACGAACUGCUGCGAAAUUCCAUAUACGGGCAAGACGCUACCUUACUGCUUCAACUCGGCCGCUGCUACCUAAGGAAAUCCGACAACGCUGCAGCAGAGGACUGCCUUCUCAAGGCUAUCCAAGUCGACGAGACCAGCAUCGACGCUCGUAUUGAACUAGCUGCGAUGUACGAAAAAGAAAAGGAGGAGGAGGAAGCUUACAUUCUCGUAACUGAAGCCAUUGCCCUUCAGGGCAUCAAUGACGAAGGGGGGAUGACUGGUGACAGCCGUGGAUAUAUGGGUGGCAUUGGAAAUCACCGUUUAUCAGCCUCAGGUUUGGCUGAUGGCACCAAAUCCCGGCGCAGACGAGAAUACAAGCGUCAGCCUGCGAACACCGGAAUUGUUCGCCCUAGAUAUCGCCCGAAGAGGCUUGUAGCUCCCGAUCAACGGAUGCAAGAGGAACGGGCCCGGGCCGAUGAGCUCACUAGGCGGUACGAAGUCGUGCGUAGCCUGAAGAAGGAGAUACAAGCAGGCGACCACUCCCUAAUACCAACAUGGAUGGCCGCUGCCGGCGAUCUUGUGGGCGAGUUCAGAUCCUUCAGGAAGUUCUAUCCUUGGGACAAGUACCUCAAGUUUCUUGGGGCUGCCAAUGAUGUUGUGUUUAGCGCUUCAUCCCGAACUCAGCCUGGCCUUUCUGAACUGGCAGAAAGAUUGUCAAAGAAUAUGGCACCAUCUCUCACAGAUGAGAGGAGAACAAACGUGAUGUACGAGGACGACGGCUAUAGGGGCAUCCCUUUCGGCGAAUGGCUCGAACUUUUCCUUGACUACGCCAUCAGUCUUGCCCUCGACAACCGUGCCGAGGAGGCCUACCAAGUCUGCGAAGCAGCUCGAGAUUCCAUUGUGUUCGUCAACUCCAAGGACUACAUGUUCUUGAUCCAUGUCGCAUGGGCGGCAUGCGCCAUAUAUCUUUCUGACGAGGAGAUGUGUGUAGCUGUCGCUAGAUUCUUUAUGAAGGUACGGCAGCUGGACUCGGAUUCAUACCGCAUGUUCGCCGCGUUAUGCAGACUAUGCCAGUCUCCAGCGUCAUGGUACAAUUCAGGGCCUGCGCAGAAAUACAUAUUGCGCCAGAUCAAGAUCAUUGACGCUUCUCACCUUGGGACGGCACAGACGGACAGGGGCUAUGAUGUCGCAGUCGGUGAUCGUACUAGCACUGCCGAGGCCAAACAGCUCGAUACCUGUUUGCUGAUGCUUUACGGGCAUAUUCUCUUCACUUCGACCAGCUACACUUUUGCACUGAAUUACUUCCUCAGAGCACGAACUCUUGACCCCUUGAAUCCCAUGAUCAGUCUUAGUGUCGGACUAGGAUACAUCCAUCACGCUCUCAAGCGGCAGGCUGAUAAUCGUCAGUAUCUUAUCAUGCAAGGGUUCGCCUGCGUGUUUGAAUUCUGCCACUCUAAGCUUUCUGGAACGCUGGACGAAAGGAGGGAGGCAUUUUUCGGCGUGGCGAGAACUUUCCACAUGCUCGGUCUGCAUCACCUGGCUCUAGAGUGGUAUCGAAAAGUCAACGGCGCGGAUGCUUCAGAUAGCGCUGAGCCAUGGGGAAAUGCGAGCAGCCGGGAUGUGAUACUCAAUGCGGCGUACAACGAGUAUGCGCUCUUGAUUAGCAGUGGCAGUGUCGACGAGCUGGAGCAGUCUGUUCUGCCUCGGCUUGUUCUUUAG